AAGAUGGCGACGGCCGAGAAGCAGAAACACGACGGGCGGGUGAAGAUCGGCCACUACAUCCUAGGGGACACGCUGGGCGUCGGCACGUUCGGCAAAGUGAAGGUUGGCAAACAUGAAUUGACUGGGCAUAAAGUUGCUGUGAAGAUACUCAAUCGACAGAAGAUUCGAAGCCUUGAUGUGGUAGGAAAAAUCCGCAGAGAAAUUCAGAACCUCAAGCUUUUCAGACAUCCUCAUAUAAUUAAACUGUACCAGGUCAUCAGUACACCAUCUGAUAUUUUCAUGGUGAUGGAAUAUGUCUCAGGAGGAGAGCUAUUUGAUUAUAUCUGUAAAAAUGGAAGGUUGGAUGAGAAAGAAAGUCGACGUCUGUUCCAGCAAAUCCUUUCCGGCGUGGAUUACUGUCACAGGCAUAUGGUGGUCCAUAGAGAUUUGAAACCUGAAAAUGUCCUGCUUGAUGCGCACAUGAAUGCUAAGAUAGCUGAUUUUGGUCUUUCAAAUAUGAUGUCAGAUGGUGAAUUUUUAAGGACAAGUUGUGGCUCACCCAACUAUGCUGCACCAGAAGUAAUUUCAGGAAGAUUAUAUGCAGGCCCAGAGGUAGAUAUAUGGAGCAGUGGAGUUAUUCUGUAUGCUUUAUUAUGCGGAACCCUUCCAUUUGAUGAUGAUCAUGUGCCAACUCUUUUUAAGAAGAUAUGUGAUGGGAUUUUUUAUACCCCUCAGUAUUUAAAUCUUUCUGUGAUUAGCCUUCUGAAACAUAUGCUGCAAGUAGAUCCCAUGAAGAGGGCCACAAUAAAAGAUAUCAGGGAACAUGAAUGGUUUAAACAGGACCUUCCAAAAUACCUCUUUCCUGAGGAUCCAUCAUAUAGUUCAACCAUGAUUGAUGAUGAAGCCUUAAAAGAAGUGUGUGAAAAAUUUGAAUGUUCAGAAGAAGAGGUUCUCAGCUGCCUUUAUAAUAGAAAUCACCAGGACCCUCUGGCAGUUGCCUACCACCUCAUAAUAGAUAACAGGAGAAUAAUGAAUGAAGCCAAAGAUUUCUACUUGGCAACAAGCCCACCUGAUUCAUUUCUUGAUGAUCACCAUUUGAGUCGCCCCCAUCCUGAAAGAGUGCCAUUCUUGGUUGCUGAAAUGCCAAGAACACGGCAUACCCUUGAUGAAUUAAAUCCACAGAAAUCCAAGCACCAAGGGGUAAGGAAAGCGAAGUGGCAUCUGGGAAUCAGAAGCCAGAGCCGGCCAAAUGACAUCAUGGCAGAAGUAUGCCGAGCAAUUAAACAACUGGAUUAUGAAUGGAAGGUUGUAAACCCGUAUUAUUUGCGUGUGCGAAGGAAGAAUCCUGUGACGAGCACAUAUUCCAAAAUGAGUCUACAGUUAUACCAAGUGGAUAGUAGAACUUACUUACUGGACUUCCGUAGUAUUGAUGAUGAAAUUACAGAAGCCAAAUCAGGGACUGCUACUCCACAGAGAUCGGGAUCAAUCAGUAACUAUCGAUCUUGCCAAAGGAGUGACUCAGAUGCUGAGGCUCAAGCAAAAUCCUCAGAAGUUUCUCUUACCUCAUCUGUAACUUCACUCGAUUCUUCUCCUGUUGACUUAACUCCAAGGCCUGGAAGUCAUACAAUAGAGUUCUUUGAAAUGUGUGCAAAUCUAAUUAAAAUUCUCGCACAGUAAACCUGAAACUUUGCUUAUUUCUUUGAUAGCAAUAAGCAUGCAUAAUAAAUAAUAGCCAAAUGCUUACAUGUAUAAUCAAGUUAUAGAUAUAUACAUAAUUAUAACUGUGGAUUGGCCUUUUGGAAUGCAAUUUGCACAAGAAUUGGAAUAUGAUUAAUUAAAAACCUAAUGUGCAGAAGUAAAUUAAUUUGUUAUUGUUCAAUGGGCAUAUAGCAUAAUGUAAACACAAUGAAUUAGCUCUCUCAGGCUCUCUUGAUUUUCAGCUAUUUUAUAAUUAGUGUAUACAGGGCUUUGUAGAAUAUUAAUUUACCAUAAAGGCCUUCAUAUAUGUUGAUGUGUUCUAUUUUUGCUUUGUAACUUUAUUCAGUGGAUAUUUGCCUGGAAUUCCUAUAGACCUUUAUAGGUGAUACUGUCUUCUGGGCUCCUUAAGUCAAAUGGCUAGUGUUUUCCAAUAGUAGUAGCAGUCUGGAUAACUUCAUGUCCUCCUCUUAAAAUUCUGUACUAUAUGAUAAGUUGUGUCAGGUAUUAGACUUUAUUUAAAAUCUCCACACUAAGUUUAUAAUUGGUCCCCAUACUCUUAUAAAGUGAUCUGUUUCAAGAGCUGAGUUGCAUAUAAUGUAUAUAAACCAUGUGUUUGCAAUUUUACAAAUUUUGGCUCAUGAUGUCAGCCAGUACUGAAUGUAUGCAAACAUCUCUAGUCAUUUGAUGAUGGACAUUUUACACUGAUUCAGUGCAUAGAAAGAAAUGUGUUACCAACGUUGAAUGCUUAGCUGGAUCCCCUCCACCCCCAAACUUUUUAUGAAGAAAAAUUGAAAGACUGUAGAGUAGUGCUAUAUAUCUAGAUUAGAUUUCUUUAACAUUUUGCCAUAUUUUCUUCAUAGACCCAGAUAUAUAAAGUUAUAGUUAAGCAUAUAUAUUUGUUUAUAUGCUUUUUUCUGAACUACUUGGAUGUUAUAGACACAUUUAUCCUCCUUAACUAAAGUGUCUUCUAAAAAUGAGCCUCCUAAGAAAACUAACGUAAGUUCAUUUAAGUUUAGUAACUUCCUACUGUCUGAUUUUCAUUCCAUAUUUGGAGGUCCCCCAUUUAUCAUUCAAGUUGCUUUUAUAGCUGAUUAUUUCUAACCAGGAUCCAAUUAAAGUUUACACAUUGGAUUUUGUUAAAUCAACUUAGUCACAUAUAACGUUAAUAUUUUGGUGAAAUGUAGAACAAAUCAAAGUUCUUCUGAGUGGCCAAAUUUGUUUUGUGUUUUAAUUAUUUUAAAAAGUUAGCAUUAUGGGAACUGUCUGAAGAUGUUUAAGAUCUCUUACAUACAUAUUUUUUUUUACUCAGUAAUCACAUAAGUGUAAGUGAAAAUUUGAAAGUCACCUAAAAUUGAUAUCAUGUGUAUGCUGACAAAUAUUUUACUGUCCACAUUUGCCUAAUAUUAUUUUUAUUAUUUUUUGACAUAGGGGCUCACUAUGUAGUUCAGGCUGGCCUUGAACUCACUAUGUAGUACA